UUUCUUUAUUUUGUUUAUAAAUACAUUACUCCAUGAAUACGUUACAAAGAUCUUAAUCUCACAAGUCUCACAUUUUCUAGGUGGACCAACCAAAACCCAAAAUCUUUAAUUCCCUCUAUAGUGCUCUUUUCUCUUUUCGAAAUACAACCGUAAAAACAUGAAGAGAGACCGGUCCGAUUACGAAGAAUCCAUGAAGCAUAUAGACAUAGUAGAAAGUCUAAUGAUGUUAUCUCGAAGUUUCGUGGUCAAACAAAUCGAUGUAAAGCAAUCUACCGGAAGCAAAACGAACCAUAAUAACCACUUCGAAUGCAAAACGUGUAACCGGAAAUUUGAUUCCUUCCAAGCUCUUGGAGGUCAUAGAGCUAGCCACAAGAAACCUAAGCUGAUCGUUGACCAAGAACAGGUGAAGCAUCGUAACAAAGAGAAUGAUAUGCAUAAGUGUACAAUUUGCGAUCAAAUGUUUGGGACCGGUCAAGCUCUAGGCGGUCACAUGAGAAAGCAUAGGACGAGCAUGAUAACCGAGCAAUCGAUUGUCCCUUCUGUGGUUUAUUCCAGACCGGUUUUUAAUCGUUGCAGUAGCAGCAAGGAGAUCUUGGACUUAAAUCUAACUCCAUUGGAAAAUGAUCUUGUGUUAAUCUUUGGGAAGAAUUUGGUUCCACAAAUUGAUUUGAAGUUUGUGAAUUAGUAGGGUUUUAAACCUUUCUCUGUACUUUUGUUGUUGUUUUUUUCUCUCUUGCUACACAUUAUUUCAUUCUUUCCGUCAUGUAUGCAUACACAAUUUGUUUGAAUAAAAGGUUUCAAUU